CGAGCCCGGGCAGUGCUGAUGGUACCCAGUUUUUGGGCCGACGAGUGAAUAUGUUCUCUCAUUGAUACCUCUGCCACGCAGCUGCAGUUUUACUAUCACUACCGUCUGUCGUGUUACCGGACUCAGCUGGUCCGUUUGUCCCUCGUUUGUCGCGAUAAAUUUAUCGUGGAAGAUGGCUUGCAGAUUAUGCUUCAGCCUGUUAUGGGCUCUAUUGUCUUUCAUCUCGCUCCUUUCUCCAAGCCGAGCAGCACCCACAGACAUUCCGUCGGCUGCGUCGUUCUAUGUGAAACGACUGCCCGACCUGCACCAGGACGAUACGCACCCUCUGCACAUAUUCUCCGGACACAUAUCAUCCGACCCAGAUGCCGCCUCCGCGCCUCCAAAUGAUGUUACUGCACACCUUUUCUUCGUCAUGGUCAAGGCGCGGCGAACAGCCGACAAGGAGCGUAUAAUGUUCUGGUUCAACGGUGGACCCGGCUGCUCAUCAUUUGAUGGGCUCAUGAUGGAGGUUGGGCCAUGGCGUGUCGACGGAAACGGCGGUCUCAAGACAAUCGAAGGAGGAUGGGAGGAAUACACGACUAUGGUCUACGUGGACCAACCUGCGGGCACCGGCUUCUCGUAUACGUCGACUGACCAUUAUGUACACGAGUUGGACGACGCGUCGACACAACUCGUCGAGUUUCUCCGCAACUUCUACAGAGUUUUCCCAGAGUAUCAGAAUGUCGAUACAUAUUUAGGUGGCGAGAGCUUCGCUGGACAAUAUAUCCCAUACUUUGCGGAUGCGAUACUGAAAUCGAACCUGAACAUUCCACUGCGCGGAGCUGCUAUCGGCAACGGGUGGAUAGACGGGCGCCAUCAAUAUCCCUCGUUCUUGACGUAUGCCGUGAAGCAUGGCCUGGUGGAGGAGAACUCAGAGGACUAUAAGCGAGGCAAAGCCGUUACGGAUCGCUGCAUGCAGGAGAUGGCCAAAUACUCAACACCAGAGCCCGUAAAGGUCGACGUCUGCGAGUCUGUCAUGGAGCAAGUUGUCUCCGGCCGAAAGAGGAGUGUUGACGGAAAGGAGAUGUGCGUCAACAUUUACGACGUUCGCCUUGAGGAUGAGGCACCAGCGUGUGGAAUGAAUUGGCCGUCAGACCUCCCAGCCAUGUAUGAUUACCUGAAGCGUCGUGAUGUUGUGAGCGCUCUUCACGCGACUGACGCGUCACAAACAUGGACCGAAUGCAGGGGCAUAAUCCACACCGAGUUCACGACGAGGACCUCCCCAUCGUCAAUUACGGUCAUCCCUAAGGUGCUGGAGAGGAUACCGAUGAUGCUCUUUGCUGGCGACCAGGAUUUCAUCUGCAACUAUGUGGGCAUCGAGAGCUUAAUCCAAGCGAUGACAUGGAAUGGAGAGACGGGCCUCGGGACGGUGCAGACGCAGUCAUGGUCCGUCGAUAGUUCACCUGCUGGCACAUGGGUGACCUCGAGAAACCUGACCUAUGUCAAGAUUUUCAAUGCGUCGCACAUGGCUGGAUUCGACGUCCCGCAUGUGACGCAUGACAUGAUUCUGCGCUUCAUGGGCGUUGAUUUCAGCAAGAUUCUCGAGGGCUCGGCGAAGAUACCGAGCUCCGUCGGCGACGACAGCAAGCCCUUGCCGACGCUCCUUGAUGACGUACCCGUUCCAACCCCAGUACCAGCGAAAACUCCGGAGCAGGAUAAGGCUAUGUGGGAAGCAUAUUACAAUGCCGGCUCAGCAGCACUGGUUCUCGUCAUCAUCGCGGUAAUCAUCGGUGGGCUCCUCUGGUGGCGUUCACGGCGCAAUCGUAUGAAGGGGCUUCCUCUGUCGACCGCUGAGGAAAACAUUCCCUUAGCUGACAACAUGGCUGAAAGCAAUGGGCAUGGCGCUGCGGACGAAGAACAGCCGUUCCGGUCGAGGAAAGGCAAGGAGCGAGCGCAUGACGAGCCUCAUUCAGCGGCGAUCUUCAGUGUUGGAGAUAGUGAUGAUGAGGAUAUGGCGAGGAGUCCGAGGACAUAAAAUUAGGUCUUUAAGUGCUAAUUUUAUACCUUGUCAUGCUAUCCUUUUCAUGUGCUUGAUAUGAGCAACAUUCCAAUCGAGGUAUUUAUUGAAGUCAAGAGAGCAGUACAUGUACAAGCAGGAUGAUAUGCGGAGAGAUGUCAGUGUUAUGGUUUCACCGAACUGUCAACGCCACAUAGUGGCAUUACAGAGAGUAUAGGAAUAUAACACGGCAGGCCCCUCCCGCUCGACCUCCCUGACGGAAGGGAACCGGAGGGACGUGCUUG